AUGCGGCGGGGCAGGGGGCCGAACAGCCAGAAGCGGGGUGGGCGCGGAGGCGGAAGGGGUGGCGGAAGGGGCGGAGGGAGAGGCGGAAGGGGCGGGGGAGGAGGGGGAAGGGGUGGAGGCGGAGGCGGAGGCGGAGGGGAGCAGCGAUGGUGGGAUCCGGCGUGGCGCGCGGAGCGAUUAGCGGCGAUGGGGAAGGAGGUGAGGGGGAAGGGAGGAGGUGAGGGGGAAGGGAGGAGAGGCCCAGCAAAGCAAGUGGACGGCGCAGCAUGGGCAACACGUUUUCGGCAGCUGGCAGCAGGGGGCGUUGCUGUGGGGAACGGUGCAACGGGGAAUGGUGCGGUGGGGAGCGGUGCAGUGGGAGGAACAGCAGGCGCGCAGCAGGGGGGGAGUUCACCAGAGGAGAUUGUGAUAAGAGAGAACUAUGGGAGGGAGGGCACGGAGCAACUGGCGUUACUGGCAGAGCAAGCAGGGCUGUACUUAUGUAGGGGAACGGCACUGGGACUGCUGUUGAGUCGACUCAAAAGCGGGAACGGCACUGGGACGGUGGCAGUGGCCAGCAGGCUGGCUCUUCCAGGCUAUUCAAGAGAAGAGAAGGAGACCCUUCUUACUGCUGUUGUCCCCUCCCCGCUCUCUGCUUGCGUUCUUGCAGUCAAACGUACGGGAAGGGCAAUGGAACGGUAG